UUGUGGGGCAGCGGCAGCAGAUCCAAGAUGGCGGCCAGCAGGAGGCUGAUGAAGGAGCUUGAAGAAAUCCGCAAAUGUGGAAUGAAGAACUUCCGUAAUAUCCAAGUUGAUGAAGCUAACUUAUUGACUUGGCAAGGGCUUAUCGUUCCCGACAAUCCUCCAUACGACAAGGGUGCGUUCAGAAUCGAAAUCAACUUUCCUGCAGAGUACCCGUUCAAACCUCCCAAGAUCACAUUUAAAACAAAGAUCUAUCACCCUAACAUUGAUGAAAAGGGGCAGGUUUGUCUGCCAGUAAUUAGUGCUGAAAACUGGAAACCGGCCACUAAAACUGAUCAAGUAAUCCAGUCCCUCAUAGCACUGGUGAACGACCCCCAACCCGAACACCCCCUUCGGGCUGACUUAGCCGAAGAAUACUCUAAGGACCGUAAAAAAUUCUGUAAGAAUGCUGAAGAGUUUACAAAGAAAUAUGGUGAAAAGCGACCAGUGGACUAAAAAAAAAACAAAAACACAACACAACAAAAAACAAAACAACAACAACAAAAAACCAACACCUGACCGAGUUGAUGUCAGCAAUGUGUGAUAGAAGAGCUGAAGAAUGCAUUUCAGACACACCCACAAAAGCAGGACUCUCUAUGGAAAUUGACAAGUGUCACCUCUCGGUGUUAACUUGUGGCUGUUAACUAACUUUCUACCGUUUCUUAAUCAAACGUGGUCUAGGUAAUCUGUAAAGAAAGGAUUAAAAAUUUAAGAUGUUCUAGUUCUGCUUUCUUUGUUUAAAAUCACUGCUUUAAUGUACUUUAAAGAA